AGCCAUGCUAUUAACUCCGUCCUAAGACCAGGAGACUGGCGCUGUCCUUGGAGAAGAUGGGCCACACAAAGCUGUGGUAUCUCGCUGUGCUGCUGGGUCUCUGCACCUGGCUGGAGCCUGGCAAAGGCUCUCAUGUACCCCCAGAUGCAAUGUCUGGACUGGGAAGGCUGCAGGGGAUCACAAAGCCACCCCCACAUGGCUCCCUCCCGUUUCACAUGAACUCCGUGAUCCAAGUCGUAGAAGUGCUGGAAUCUCACCACCUGGACAGACACCUCAACCUGACCGUGACAGAGCUCGCCCGGGGCCUGGGCUGCUGUGACAGCGAGUUCUACCAGCUCCUGCUGGGGGAGGCACCGGCCGUGCCCCCGGACCUGCCUUUCCUGAGCCAGGAGCAGAGAUCCUUCCUCAUGCGCCUCAUGAAGCAUGAAGUCCAGGCCUCCUCGACUGAGCAGGGGGUGGUGUUGCUCCCUGAUGGCACCACAGUGGCUGUAAGCCCCUUGGUGGCUGGGAUUGAAGCAGGGCUGAAGGGGAGGCAGGAGAUGCCACUGCCCCCUGAGGCUUUAGAGCGUUUGCUAGUUACAACUGAGCCCUUGAACCAGACACAUCCGGAGCUGCCCCUGACUAUAGACACCCUCUACGCAGUGACCAUUGCCAAGGCCCUGGGCGUGGCCUUUCUCCUGGCGCAGGCCAACGAGAGCCAGGUGCCCAUGGGGCCGAAUGGCUGCUGGGACAGCGUGUCCGACCCCCAGAACUUCACCCUCCUGGGCCACCCGUCACACCUCACUGAUGCCUUCAUCAAUGGAGCGCUGGAUGGGGUGAUCCUGGGGGCACACCUGGCAGGACAAGCUGUGCCUGCAGCCCCGCUGAGCACCCUGCUGAGAGAGUACUAUGCUGGCGACGGCCUGGCCGGGGAUAGCCAGGCCAGAAGCAACUUCAGGCGCCAGAACUUUGUGCAGCUCACCGAGGCCGGCCAGCUGGAGGAGCAGGUGGUGCGUUCCCUCCAGCUGCUCCGAGCGCUGCCUCGGAUGGCGCCACUGCUUAGCGGGGUUGGGGACGAGGAGCUGCUGGCUGCUGCGAGCCGGGCGGUGCAGGAGUUCACGGAGGCCUACCUGGAAUGCCCAGCCGUCAUCCCUCGCUGCAUGUGGGAGGCCAGACCCUACAAGGGGACUCCUACGCAGCUCAAGCUGCCCCUGAGCUUUGUGUACAUCCACCACACCAGCUCACCCAGCCAGCCCUGCCGGACUUUCCCCGAGUGCGCUGCUGACAUGAGGGCCAUGCAGCGCUUCCACCAGGACGACCGUGGCUGGGACGACAUAGGCUACAGCUUCGUGGUCGGAUCAGAUGGGUACAUGUACCAGGGCCGGGGUUGGCACUGGGUUGGCGCUCACACCCGUGGCUACAAUAGUAAAGGGUAUGGCGUGAGUUUCAUUGGAGACUACAUGGAUACGCUGCCGGAAGCAUUUGCCCUCACACUGGUGCGUGACAAUUUCCUGCCGUGUGCGGUGAAGGGCGCCAAGAUCCGGGCCAACUACACAGUGCAUGGGCACCGGCAGAUGGUGCAUACUGCAUGCCCGGGGAACUUACUCUACCGGGAGAUCCAAACAUGGCAGGGCUUCAAGGUGAGACCUCUCCGGCAUGCUCCCCAGCACUCUAUCUCCACGAGGGGGCACUCUGCUAAUGGGGCUGUGGGAGUGUGAAGAUGUUUUGAAGGCUUCCAAGCCAGUGACCCGUCUUGUCCUCCCUCCACCCCAGCAGCAAGGGUUCCCAUCAGGGAUUGCUCCCCUGCAGUCUACAGGGGAGUCCAGCCCCCAAAGUUAUGAGACUGGCUCAGACAGCAUGAGAUGUCUCCAGCUGAUCACUGCUGGGUUCUGGCUCCUCGCCUUAUGGUUCCUGAGCUGUUUGGAGUCAAAGUUUCCAACUUUUCUCUCCAACCCCCAGGGCUUUCUAACUGGAAGCUGAGAUUUGCUCAUCGCCACCUGCCCCUGGGGAUGGUGAAAUGGCAUGCUCCGGCUGCCCUGGGCAGUUCCAGGGAGCUGGCUCUUUUGGCCUUGCUCAUGCCCUGGACAGGCUCUCUGGAGCUCAGUGUGUUGGAGUGUGGGAGGCUAGAAGGAAUCGGGCAUUUCCUGGACACACUGG